ACUUCAGUUUUGCGCACAAGCUUGCUCGUUACCAAGCUCCUGAGCACAGCCAUACCUGGCCUGCAGGGUUUAUCAUUCCGCCUCAUUUAGAAUCGUAAGCCCCCAGAAAAAGAAUUGAAUCCUGCACAUCUGCACACUUUGGCCAAUGGAAUCCUGGGCGUCUCCAACGGAGCGGAUUUCCCAGCUUAUUUUACUAAUGAGAAUCUAAAGUCGCCGAAGAGCGAGGGACAUUGAAGUUGAGUCAGGGGAAAGGAAGCAAAGGAGGUUUGGAGUGGCGCCCAGUGAGCUCAGCAGGUUGACAUUUUGAGGCUCUUCUCGGGUCUGCUUUUAAUUUAUAAAUCUGGUGGAGUCGCGGGCGUGUCUCUCCGAGGAUCGAGGUGGGGGUGUCCAGUUCUGAUCGGAGCCCUCCAUCGAGUCAGCUCUGAGCCAGGGCUCACUCUGCAGGUACAGUCACAGAGGUCCCAUUGCAAGCCUCCUUUCUGCCCCCCCUCACCUACGCCCAAAGCUGCCGCAACCGGACUGGGAAAUCAGGAAGCUGCAGGAAGACGCUCAGCUUUGCCCCUGAAAUGCCCAGAGAGUGACAACUGAGCAACGCAUCGGACUCUCCCGCCCGGCAAAUUGAGGGUCACACACCCACCACCUAGUUGCAAAAAUGGCUCAACUGCGUGGUUUGUUAUUGUUCACAUUCUUCAGCCUAACCUCUUUCACUCAAGCACAACAGGAUGACAGAACAGUUGCUGCUGACAUAGUCUUUCUAGUGGAUACCUCCUGGAGCAUCGGCCAGGAAAAUUUCCAAUAUGUGCGAGAGUUUCUAUUCAGGGUUAUAAAGGCUUUUGAGAUUGGAGAAAACAGAUUCCGUUUUGGCCUGGUGCAGUACAGCGAGAAGCCACAAACAGAGUUCCAUUUUAACACAUAUUUUACGAAGCAGGACAUCUUAUUUCAUAUAUGGAACAUGUCAUAUAAGGGGGGAGGCACAAAAACUGGACUAGCGCUAGAAUAUCUAAUGAAGGAUCAGCUCAAUAAAGCCAACGGGAGUAGAGCGGAACAAGGAGUGCCGCAGAUUAUUAUAGUGUUAACAGACGGACGAUCUCAGGAUGAUGUAAUCCCUCCGUCUGCUUCCCUUAAGUCAGCUGAAGUUAUAAUUUUUGCUAUUGGAGUUCACCAAGCGGUUGAAUGGGAGUUAAAGGAGAUUGCGAGUGAACCUCAUGAGAGGUUUGUUUAUCACCUCGAUGACUUUGCCGCACUUAAAGGCAUUGUAAACGACUUAGUGGCAAGUGUACACACGGCUGCAGCGCACCCAUUAUCUGAUGGGAUAAUAAAAGACACCACAGCGCAAGAAGCGGCUGACCUCAUUUUCUUAAUUGAUGGAUCAGUCAACGUUGGAAGUGGCAAUUUUCAAUAUAUACGCGAUUUUAUCGUAAAUUUCAUCGACAAUCUCGAGAUCGGCCCUGACAGAAUCCAAAUCGGUGUGGUACAAUACAGCGAUGAGCCCAGCACAGAGUUUUAUUUUAAUACAUAUUCCACGAAAACAGAGGUCCUGGAUGCUGUGAAGCAACUUCAACCAAAAGGCGGUGAUGAAAUAAAUACUGGUGAAGCCGUGCAAUUUCUAAUCGACAAUCACUUUAUUUCAUCAGCCGGCAGCAGGGUAUCAGAAGGGGUUCCACAGGCAGUAAUAAUUAUCACUUCUAGUGAGUCCAGUGAUGAUAUAAAUCAGGCACAACUAUUACUAAGAAAAGGUAGUAUAUACACAUUUUCUAUUGGAGGUCGGGAUGCCGACUCUAAUGAACUCGUACAGCUUGCAACUGACGCAUCCUUUUCUUCCAUGGUGUCGGAUUUCAGCAAUAUUGCUAACUUGCAGCAGCAGUUUUUACCAUUGGUCUCAAGAGUGGCUCGAAGAGAAAUAAUUAUCGAGCCUAUAGUUAUUAACGAAGUUCCAGACAGGAGGAGAGACAUAGUAUUUCUGAUCGAUGGCAGCUCUGCAGUUGGACCUCAAAACUUUUUGCGAUUCCGUGAAUUUAUCUUGAAAAUAGCUAACAAAUUUCAAAUUGGACCAAACAACGUACGAGUUGCGGUGGUGCAGUACAGCGAUAGUCCUACCACUGAGUUUUACUUAAAUGCCUACUCAACCAAAUCUGAGUUGCAAGCCAAAAUAAAGGCACUGCGAUCAAGAGGUGGAUCAAAACUUAAUAUUGGGGCUGCCCUGCAAUUUGUCUUAAAAAACCAUUUUAUCGAAUCUGCAGGAAGUAGAAAAGAUGAAGGUGUUCCUCAAUUUCUAGUGCUUGUUGCCAAUAGACCAUCUACAGAUAGUUCUCGUAUCCCUGCAUUUGAAUUGAAGCAAGCUGCUAUAAUGACUUUUGCCAUUGGAGUUGAUAAUGCGAAUCAAGCAGAGAUGCAGGAAAUUGCGUUCAUCCCAGGUCUGGCAUUUCAAAUGGCCAACGUUGCAGAUUUACUCAAAAGGCAUAAAGAUGUGCAAUCAAGGUUAUCCUCACUUGGUCCUCCAACAGUGAUUACAGAACCUCCAACUGUCAUUGAAGUUGUAACAGAAGUAGCGAGCAAGAGAGACAUUGUGUUCCUUAUUGAUGGAUCAGCUAAUGUCGGAAGUACAUAUUUCCCUGUUCUCCGUGACUUUAUCGGCAACAUAAUUGAAGCCCUGAACAUUGGACCUGACAAAGUGCAAGUAGCUGUGGUGCAGUACAGUGAUGAUGCUCAAGCUGCUUUCUAUCUAAACAGUUACUCGAGAAAGGAUGAACUCCUGUCUCACGUCAAUGGGCUCCGACUGAAAGGUGGCAGGACUCUUAACACUGGUGCAGCGUUGGACUACGUUAUUAAAAACAUGUUCAGCCAGUCGACAGGAAGUAGGAAAGAGGAAGGCGUACCCCAGAUAUUGGUGCUUGCUACAGCUGGCAAGUCUCAAGAUGAUGUGAAAGCAUCUGCACAAGCCGUGGCACAAGCAGGCAUUCUCACUAUUGCCGUUGGAAUCAACAAAGCAGAAGCAGCAGAGCUGCAGCGUAUUACAUUCAGUGAAAAUCUGGCCUAUCGAGUAAAUGACUUUAACGCCUUGGAUACUAUCCGACAAGCAGUGACAUCCUCUGCUAAACACCUGAUUUUUGGAGGAAUCACUGAAGUAACAACAGCUAUGAAAAGAGACAUUGUCUUCCUAAUCGAUGGCUCUCCAGGAAUGGGACAAUCAUUGCAUCAAGUCCUUGAGUUUCUAAGUAGAGUAAUCGAGAUGCUCAGUAUUGGACCUGACAAAGAUAAAGUUGCGGUUGUACAAUAUGGUGCUGGCCAAAAGAUUGAGUUUGGACUUGAUGCUUACUCAACUAAAGAGGAGGUUCUGGAUGCAAUAAAAAAUCUUGAACCAAAUUCAGAAAAGCCCCUUAAUACUGGUGCUGCACUGGAUUUUGUCACAAGGAAUGUCUUUAGUGCCUCAGCAGGGAGCAGAAAAGAAGAUGGGGCCACACAAAUCCUGGUGCUCAUCGCUGCUGGGAAAUCCGCAGAUAAUGUUCAACCUUAUGCAGAUGCAGCAAAAAUGGCUAGAAUUGUGCCCAUUGCCAUUGGGGCCAAGAGUGCAGACACAUCGGAAUUACAAAAGAUUGUGCUUGAUCCAACCUUUGUUUUAACAAUGAGAGACUUCCGAGAUCUAUCAACCAUUCAGCAGGAGCUGUUGUCCAAAAUGAGAACAGUGAUAAUUCAGGCAGUACCCGAAGAUGCUGUGAAGAGAGAUGUUGUGUUCCUUAUCGAUGCAUCUGAAAAUGUCAGAGGUGCUUUCCCUGCAGUUCAAAGAUUCAUUUCCAGAAUGAUCGAUAAUCUUGAUAUUGGAAGUGACAAAGUUCGAGUUGGUGUUGUGCAGUACAGCGAUAAUCCCAGAGUCAACUUCUACUUGAACAGCUACACCACACCUCAGGAUGUAAAGGAUGCGAUAAACGGCCUCAGGCAAAUAGGAGGCCGCCGAGUCAACACCGGGGCAGCGUUGGACUAUGUGAAAAAUAACAUCUUCACUCGGUCUGCGGGUGGCAGAGCAGAGGAAGGUGUCCCCCAGUUCCUGAUCCUUCUCACUGCCAGCAAGUCGUCCGAUGAUGUUGGUCAGGCAGCGUUGGCCCUGAAAGAGGCUGGUGUAGCACCUUUCAGUAUCGGCUCAGGAGAUGCAGAUGAUCGUGAGCUCCAACAGAUUUCUCUGUCCCCUAAUUAUAUUUUCAAGGUUAAUGACCUACGGAAUGUGGAAACACUCCAACAACGUCUGGAGUCACCUUUAACUACACUGAGCAAAGAACUGAUAACUGAAAUUCCAAUAAUUGUACCUGAUGUUAAGAGAGAUAUUGUGUUCCUUGUUGAUGGAUCAGUCAAAGUCAGAGGUGCUUUCCCUUCGGUUCAAAGAUUCAUUUCCAAAGUGGUCGGUAAUCUUGACAUUGGAAGUGACAAAGUUCGAGUUGGUGUUGUGCAGUACAGCGAUAAUCCCAGAGUCAACUUCUACUUGAACAGCUACACCACACCUCGGGACGUGAAGGAUGCGAUAACCGGCCUCAGGCAAAUAGGAGGCCGCCGAGCCAACACCGGGGCAGCCUUGGACUAUGUGAAAACUAACAUCUUCACUCGGUCUGCGGGUGGCAGAGCAGAGGAAGGUGUCCCCCAGUUCCUGAUCCUUCUCACUGCCAGCAAGUCGUCCGAUGAUGUUGGUCAGGCAGCGUUGGCCCUAAAAGAGGCCGGUGUAGCACCUUUCAGUAUUGGCUCAGGAGAUGCAGAUGACCGUGAGCUCCAACAGAUUUCUCUGUCGCCAAAUUUUGUUUUCAAGGUUAAUGACCUACGGAAUGUGGAAACACUCCAACAAAGCCUGGAGUCACCUUUAACUACGCUGAGCAAAGAACUGAUAACUGAAAUUCCAAUAAUUGUACCUGAUGUUACAGAAGCAGACAGGAGAGAUGUUGUGUUCCUUGUUGAUGGAUCAGAGAGAGUCAGAGGUGCUUUCCCUUCAGUUCAAAGAUUCAUUUCCAAAGUGGUCGAUAAUCUUGACAUUGGAAGUGACAAAGUUCGAGUUGGUGUGGUUCAGUACAGCGAUAAUCCCAGAGUCAACUUCUACUUGAACAGCUACGCCACACCUCAGGACGUGAAGGAUGCGAUAACCGGCCUCAGGCAAAUAGGAGGCCGCCGAGCCAACACCGGGGCAGCCUUGGACUAUGUGAAAACUAACAUCUUCACUCGGUCUGCGGGUGGCAGAGCAGAAGAAAGUGUCCCCCAGUUCCUGAUCCUUCUCACUGCCAGCAAGUCGUCCGAUGAUGUUGGUCAGGCAGCGUUGGCCCUGAAAGAGGCCGGUGUAGCACCUUUCAGUAUUGGCUCAGGAGAUGCAGAUGACCGUGAGCUCCAACAGAUUUCUCUGUCCCCUAAUUAUAUUUUCAAGGUUAAUGACCUACGGAAUGUGGAAACAGUGCAACAAAGUCUGGAGUCACCGUUAACAACACUGAGCAAAGAUCGGAUUAUUGAAAUUCGGACAACUGUACCUGUUGUUACAGAAGCAGACAGGAGAGAUGUUGUGUUCCUUGUUGAUGGAUCAGAGAGAGUCAGAGGUGCUUUCCCUUCAGUUCAAAGAUUCAUUUCCAAAGUGGUCGAUAAUCUUGACAUUGGAAGUGACAAAGUUCGAGUUGGUGUGGUUCAGUACAGCGAUAAUCCCAGAGUCAACUUCUACUUGAACAGCUAUGCCACACCUCAGGAUGUAAAGGAUGCGAUAACCGGCCUCAGGCAAAUAGGAGGCCGCCGAGCCAACACCGGGGCAGCCUUGGACUAUGUGAAAACUAACAUCUUCACUCGGUCUGCGGGUGGCAGAGCAGAAGAAGGUGUCCCCCAGUUCCUGAUCCUUCUCACUGCCAGCAAGUCGUCCGAUGAUGUUGGUCAGGCAGCGUUGGCCCUGAAAGAGGCCGGUGUAGCACCUUUCAGUAUUGGCUCAGGAGAUGCAGAUGACCGUGAGCUCCAACAGAUUUCUCUGUCCCCUAAUUAUAUUUUCAAGGUUAAUGACCUACGGAAUGUGGAAACAGUGCAACAAAGUCUGGAGUCACCGUUAACAACACUGAGCAAAGAUCGGAUUAUUGAAAUUCGGACAACUGUACCUGUUGUUACAGAAGCGGACAGGAGAGAUGUUGUGUUCCUUGUUGAUGGAUCAGAGAGAGUCAGAGGUGCUUUCCCUUCAGUUCAAAGAUUCAUUUCCAAAGUGGUCGAUAAUCUUGACAUUGGAAGUGACAAAGUUCGAGUUGGUGUGGUUCAGUACAGCGAUAAUCCCAGAGUCAACUUCUACUUGAACAGCUACGCCACACCUCGGGACGUGAAGGAUGCGAUAACCGGCCUCAGGCAAAUAGGAGGCCGCCGAGCCAACACCGGGGCAGCCUUGGACUAUGUGAAAGCUAACAUCUUCACUCGGUCUGCGGGUGGCAGAGCAGAGGAAGGUGUCCCCCAGUUCCUGAUCCUUCUCACUGCUAGCAAGUCGUCUGAUGAUGUUGGUCAGGCAGCGUUGGCCCUGAAAGAGGCCGGUGUAGCACCUUUCAGUAUUGGCUCAGGAGAUGCAGAUGAUCGUGAGCUCCAACAGAUUUCUCUGUCCCCUAAUUAUAUUUUCAAGGUUAAUGACCUACGGAAUGUGGAAACAGUGCAACAAAGCCUGGAGUCACCCUUACGAACACUGAGCAAAGAUGAGAUUGAAGGAAUUCGAGUACUUGUUGUUCCAGAUGCAGACAAGAGAGAUGUUGUGUUCCUUGUUGAUGGAUCAGAGAGAGUCAGAGGUGCUUUCCCUUCAGUUCAAAGGUUCAUUUCCAAAGUGGUUGAUAAUCUUGACAUUGGAAGUGACAAAGUUCGAGUUGGUGUGGUUCAGUACAGCGAUAACCCCAGAGUGAACUUCUACUUGAACAGCUACACCACACCUCGGGACGUGAAGGAUGCGAUAAACGGCCUCAGGCUAGUAGGAGGCCGUCGAGCUAACACCGGGGCAGCCUUGGACUAUGUGAAAACUAACAUCUUCACUCGGUCUGCGGGUGGCAGAGCAGAGGAAGGUGUCCCCCAGUUCCUGAUCCUUCUCACUGCCAGCAAAUCGUCCGAUGAUGUUGGUCAGGCAGCAUUGGCUCUGAAAGAGGCUGGUGUAGCACCUUUCAGUAUUGGCUCAGGAAGUGCAGAUGACCGUGAGCUCCAACGAAUUUCUCUGUCGCCAAAUUAUGUUUUCAAGGUUAAUGACCUACGGAAUGUGGAAACAAUGCAACAAAGCCUGGAGUCACCCUUACGAACACUGAGCAAAGAUGAGAUUGAAAGAAUUCGAGUAUCUGUACCUGAUGAUGCAGACAGGAGAGAUGUUGUGUUCCUUGUUGAUGGAUCAGAGAGAGUCAGAGGUGCUUUCCCUUCAGUUCAAAGAUUCAUUUCCAAAGUGGUCGAAAAUCUUGACAUUGGAAGUGACAAAGUUCGAGUUGGUGUGGUGCAGUACAGCGAUAAUCCCAGAGUCAACUUCUACUUGAACAGCUAUGCCACACCUCGGGACGUGAAGGAUGCGAUAAGCGGCCUCAGGCUAGUAGGAGGCCGCCGAGCCAACACCGGGGCAGCCUUGGACUAUGUGAAAACUAACAUCUUCACUCGGUCUGCGGGUGGCAGAGCAGAGGAAGGUGUCCCCCAGUUCCUGAUCCUUCUCACUGCCAGCAAAUCGUCCGAUGAUGUUGGUCAGGCAGCGUUGGCCCUGAAAGAGGCCGGUGUAGCACCUUUCAGUAUCGGCUCAGGAGGUGCAGAUGACCGUGAGCUCCAACAGAUUUCUCUGUCCCCUAAUUAUAUUUUCAAGGUUAAUGAUCUGCAGAAUGUGGAAACAGUGCAACAAAGCCUGGAGUCACCAUUAACAACACUGGACAAAAAUCAGAUAAUCCAACUCCAUAAGAAGAGUUUGGGAGACGCUGCUAGGAGAGAUAUUGUGUUCCUUGUUGAUGAGUCGGACAAAGCUAAAGAUGCUUUCCCAUCGGUUCAGAGAUUCAUUACUAAUGUUGUCGACAAUCUUGAUGUUGAAGAUGAUAAAGUCCGAGUCAGUGUUGCAAAGUUCAGUGAAGAUCCCAGAAUUGACUUCCUCUUAAACACGUUUACAACAAAAGAUGAGGUGAAGAAAGCAAUAGGAGACCUCAAGUGUAAAGGAGGCAGACGAGCCAACACUGGCAAAGCUUUGGAUCAUGUCAGAAAGAAUGUGUUCAAUGUUUCGGCCGGAAGCCGAGCACAGGAUAAUGUGCCCCAGUUCUUGGUCCUAAUCACUUCCAGCAAGUCGUCCGAUGAUGUUGGUCAGGCAGCACUAGCUCUGAAAGAGGCCGGUGUAGCACCUUUUAGUAUCGGCUCAGGAGACACGGAUGACCGUGAGCUCCAACAGAUUGCACUGUCCCGUAAUUAUGUCUUCAAGGUUAAUAAUCUACGGAAUGUGGACACAGUUCAACAGCAACUUCGCUCACCGCUGACAACGUUGACUAAGUCUCAAAUAAGCCAAAUCAUACACGAUGCUCCUAAAGUUGUGGAUCCUACCAAGAAAGACAUUGUGUUCUUGAUUGAUGGAUCCAGCAGCGUUGGACCUCAGCAAUUUGCCCACAUUCGCGAUUUUGUCUUCAGCAUAGUUAGAAGCCUCGAUGUUGGACCCAACAAGAUCCGAAUUGGUUUGGCACAAUACAGCAAUGCUCCAAAAACAGAGUUUCUGUUGAAACAACACAUGAAUAAAGGCAGCCUUCAAGAUGCUAUCAGGCGAAUUAGGCCAGGAGGUGGGUCUCCACUUAACACUGGCAGAGCGUUGGACUUUGUUUUGAAAAAUCAUUUCACAAGAUCAGCAGGAAGCAGACAGCAUGAAGGUGCUCCUCAAUAUCUGAUAGUUGUUACUGGAGACUCUUCUAGAGAUGAUACCCGCCCUUAUUUAGGCAUAUUAAAAAGUUCAGGAAUUAAUGUUUUCAGUGUGGGAGGAAAGAAUGUGGAUCCAGAUGAACUUGAACGAAUUACAACUCUUCCUUAUGCUACUUACAAAGUAAAUAACUUCCAAGAUCUGGAAGGCGUGCAAGACAAACUGAUUCUGCGUUUGUUGAUGGAAGACCCUACAUUGUAUCGACCAGAGCCUCCUACUGCAGCUUUGCCACAGAAAAGAGCUGAUAUUGUGUUUAUCUUGGAUGGAUCCAUUAACAUCGGACGACAGAAUUUCCCCCGUCUCACAGAGUUUGUCUCCAGUGUAGUUGAUGCUAUCUAUGUUGAUGAUGGAUCAAUCCAGGUGGGAAUUGUCCAGUACAAUUCCGAUGUGAUUGAUGAAUUUUUCUUCAAAACUUACCGAUCAAGAGCUGACGUCCUGGAAGCUAUUCAGAAUAUUCAGUUCAAGGGAGGCAGGUCACUAAACACUGGAGCAGCCUUGAGACAUGUUAAAAACAACCACUUUGUUAAAUCAGCAGGAAGUAGGAUUGAAGAUGGAGUCCCACAAAUCGCUUUCCUGCUAAUCGGAGGCAGGUCAAGCGAUGACGCAGUAGCCGCUGCAAGGGAGCUAAAGACAGCUCGAUUCAAAAUCUUCACUGUGGGAAUGCAGGAUGCAGACAUUCAGGAGAUCUCUGACAUCGCAAGUGAACAAGCUGGAGUUUUCAGAGUGGCUGACAUGAACACACUGUCUGAAUUGACCGAGCAAGUGUUAUUAGCCACAACUGAUGUCAUAGAAGGAGAACUGUGCCCGAAAACGGUUGAUGUUGUAAAAGAUUGCGGUAUUGAUGUUUUGCUUGGAUUUGAUGUCAGUAGCGUUGGAUUAGAAAACGAUGUUUUUGUGACACAAAGAGGUUUCCUGCCCAAAGCAGGAGAUAUUCUCCAGAGAAUUUCACAGUUGAAAUCUAUAAGCUGCACUGGUACAAUGUCACCCAAAGUGAGAGUUGGAGUCACAGUUUUCGAUGAACGUGGCCAAAGACAUGUCAUUGAUUUAGUUGACUAUCACCCGGGAAUAAUGGCUCAGUUCAGUGAUCUAAGAAGUUCUGGCCCAUAUGUCUUGAAUACUGGAACAUUCGAUGCAUACAGGGACACUUUUCAAUCUGACAGUUCUAAUCGUGUAAAGGUAAUUAUCCAUUUCACUGAUGGCAUAGAUGACAACUUUUCUCAAUUAAAAAAUCAGGCCAUAAAACUACGGAGAGAAGGUAGUGCACACGCACUGAUCAUUGUAUCUUUAGACGCACCAAUGGGAUUUGAGGAAGUUUCGUUAUUGGAAUUCGGGCGAGGAUAUAGGUACAGGCGACCUCUGUCAAUCACCCAGCUGGACUUAGAAUAUGAACUAGCAGAAGAACUCGAUAAUAUUGCAGAGAGAGUGUGUUGUGAUGUACCAUGUAAGUGCGCUGGUCAAGUAGGAGACAGAGGAACUCAAGGAUUACGUGGAGCCAAGGGUUUACUAGGACCUAAAGGCAUUAUGGGUCACCCGGGUGAUGAAGGUGCACCAGGUGAAAGAGGUCCUCCAGGUAUAAAUGGAACUCAAGGGUUCCAAGGAUGUCGAGGACAGAGCGGAAUUAAGGGUAGCCGUGGAUAUCCAGGCGAGAAGGGUCAACUGGGUGAAAUUGGUCUCGAUGGAAUAGAUGGGGAACAGGGUAAAAAUGGAGCAGCAGGACCACCAGGAGAAAGAGGCAACUUGGGAGAAUCGGGAGUGAAAGGAAUGAAAGGUGGAAAAGGAGAAAGGGGUGAUCUUGGCUAUCGAGGUGACCCGGGUGAAGCAGGACUCACGAAUAAUCAGAAAGGAGACAAAGGGCAGAGGGGUGACCUGGGCUUGGUGGGAGAAACUGGUACCAGUGGCCGUCCAGGAUCACCUGGAGCAAGUGGGCGCAGGGGACCUCAAGGCCGCAGAGGACCACCAGGAGCAAGAGGUUCAAAAGGCAAUCGAGGAACCCGUGGACCUCAAGGAGUUGCAGGAUUUAGAGGACCACAAGGCGAACCUGGAAACUCUGGAAUCCCAGGCCGAGAAGGUGCAAAUGGCAUUCGCGGACCAAGGGGACUUGCUGGUUCUGGUGCACCUCCUGGUGCAAGAGGCGGACCAGGACAUAAUGGACGAAAGGGUGAAACUGGAAAUCAUGGUGAAAAGGGUGAAAUUGGAUCAACAGGUUCACGUGGAGAAAUGGGUGAGGAUGGAAGAACUGGCAUUGGCAUUGCUGGAUUUAAAGGCAGAAAGGGUGAGCGAGGCCCUGUUGGACCGCUUGGUCAAAAGGGUGAAAUCGGAGAUGAUGGUACUCCAGGGAAAGGUGGGAUUAAAGGAAAUCGAGGUCAAAGGGGCUAUUCAGGACCUCCUGGUGAUGGUGGAAUGAAAGGAGAAGCAGGUUUUCCAGGCUCACAGGGUCCAAAGGGAGAGAGAGGACGAUCCGUAGAGACAUGCGGCCUUGUAAAGCAGAUUAAAGAGUCAUGCCCAUGUUGUUACGGUUCAACAGAGUGCCCUGCAUAUCCAACUGAGCUGGCCUUUGUGGUCGAUACUUCCAACACGAAAACUGCCAAUCAGCUCAACCAGAACAAGAACGCGAUCCUCAACAUAGUUCGCAAUCUGACCAUAGUGGAAAGCAACUGUCCAAAGGGAGCUCGUGUCGCCGUUUUGACGUACAACAGUGGUAUAAUCACUGAAAUCCGAUUCAGCAGCGCCAGGAACAAGCGAGACCUUAUCACACAGAUUGAAAAUCUGCAGUUUGUACCUUCGAGGAAAGAAUCCAGCAUUGCUGAUGCAAUGAGCUUUGCAGCAAGGAACACAUUCAAACGUGUGCGGAGUGGCUUUUUGAUUAGAAAGGUGGCGAUAUUCUUCAGUGACGGUCAGACAAAACCUAAAGAGCUGAAUGAUGCUAUAACAAAACUCGCAAAUGAGAAUAUAAUCUCCGUCUACCUUUCUCCUAGAGAGGAUAAUGUACUCACAAGGGCACUGCAGAGAAAUGAUGCUGGGAUUUCACAAUUCUUCGUUUUCCGCAAUGAUGACGCAACACUCAAUAAGGUGAUGGCAUGCCACGUUUGUUUAGAUUUUUGUGAUCCGAAUGCAAUCUGUGAUGCCAGAUUUUUCCGAAGCAAAAGAUCGACAAAGCCCACUGACACAGACCUAGAUGUUGCAUUCAUCAUGGAAAGCUCUGAAACCAUCAGCCCAAACCAGUUUGUAGAGAUAAAGAGAUAUAUUUCUUAUGUGACAGAUCACUUGGAGAUUAGUACAGAGCCUUUAACAUCAAACCAUAAGGCUAGAAUUGCUAUAGUCCAACAUGCACUGUAUGAUUCUCAGAAGAAUAAUAGAUUGGAGCGAGUGAAAAUGGAUUUGUCCCUCACUGACUACAACUCCAGUAAGGACAUCAGAGAAUACAUCCACAACAGGAUGACUCAGCUGGAAGGGACAAGAGCAACAGCACAAGCAGUCGAAUGGACCAUCAAAAAUAUUUUUGAAAAAGCACCUCAACCAAGACAACUCAAGCUCAUUGUUCUCAUAACCACAGGAAACCUCCCCGAAGCUGAGAGAGAAAGGCUGGCAGGAGUUGUCACUGAAGCCAAGUGCAAAGGCUUCUUCUUUGUUAUAUUCAACGCUGUCAAGAAAUCUACUGAAAAUAAUCUCGUUUACCUGGCAAGUGCCCCUCAAGACGUGUACUUCAGGCCAAUUAAUGACUUCUCAGAACUCCACAGUGAAGAAUUACUCAGGUUUGGACGACAACUCCCCAAGUACAUCAAUGCUGAGAACAGUCUUCACUUGCCUCCUGAACUGCAGAAACAUUGCGGAUUAUUCCAAAGUGACCAGCCUAGCAAUGAAGCUUUAGGAGAGUCCCACAAACAGGACACAAAAGACGUGCCAGCUGCUUCGGAAAAACUCAAGGGCUUGGAAUUAUCGAGCUUCAGUGUCACAGAAGACAGCAUUGUCCUACACAUGGCCCAGACCGAACCUCAACAUAUUAGUAAUUAUGAGGUUACAGUGGUCAAAGUGAGCGAGAACCUUCUUGUGUUGAAGAUAAAUGUCAGUGAUCCUGUGAUCAUACUAAGAGAUCUGGAAGAUGGGCAGCAAUAUAAUAUAAUUGUGAUAGGAUUCUAUCAGUCCAAGGCAAAAUCUGUUUACAAUGGAUCAUUUACAACCAAAAAAUCCCCAGAAAAAACCAUCCAAACCGCAGCUACCCUCAAGGCUAUGGAACCAUUAGAGCACCCAGAAACAGAUCGGUGCAUGCUGGAUUUUGACGCUGGAUCGCAGUGCUUAGAGUAUAGUGCAAAAUGGUUCUUUGACAGCAAAAACAACAUCUGCACUCAGUUCUGGUAUGGCGGCUGUGACGGUAAUGGUAAUAGGUUUGACACAGAAGCUGAGUGCAUUACAGAAUGCACAAAAACAAUACUAGAAGAAAACAUAUUAGAACCCAAGCCUGCUGGAAUCACAUUAUCAGUUAAAGAUAUAUGUCAACUACAUCGGGAUGAAGGAAAUUGCCGAAAUUUUUCCCUUAAGUGGUACUACGAUGUAAAGACUAAAACAUGCACACGGUUCUGGUAUGGUGGAUGCAAUGGCAAUGCAAAUAGGUUCAAUACACAAGAUGAAUGUACCAAGGCAUGUGCUGAAGGACGGAUUCAAACCAGAAUGGUAACUACAAUGGGAACGUAAGUGAAAUGGAGACAAGGCCCUACAUAUACCUCUGAUCGGAGCCAGCGUCUACAGGCUGCCAUCAAUCCCAGUAUGUUAAGGGUUAAACAGAUACCUUGCACUGUAUUUCUAAUUGCUUUCAAUAAUCAAAUGUUGAAGAGGUUGAAAUCUUUUAAAGCUGCAUGUUAUAAUGGUGCUAAACUUUGAGUCUGGGUGCUAACUUUGUGCGGACAUAAUGUGUCCACUUUCGCAUACAUAGACAUCUAUACAGCUUGUUUCUCUUGUCUGUCUGUUUUACAUUUUCUCAUACUUAAUAUGAACAUUUCUAACCUUUACAACACUUUAUUGUAAAAAAAAAUUGUAAGUGACUAAGUGGCACUCCAACGCUUUUUUUAUAUAAAUACAUGAUUUACACAGAACAAAAUCUUAUACAAAUCACUUUGGGAUAAAAUUAUAUUAAAACAAGCUUAAUUGUAUGUAUAUGCUUUGAACAUUUUUUUUAAAGGAGAGUGAAUUAUUACAGUGUUAGUUCACUAGCUGAAAUGAGAUACAUACCCACGAGUCAUGUAAAAAUUCAACGUGGAUACUCAAUUGCAAAAGUAAUCUAAAAAAAAACUUUCUUUCAUUCAAGCAAGUUUUUCAGUGCGAUUUUAAGAGUUGCUCUAUCUUAUUAAAAUUUCUCCCCAUUCUGGCUCUCAUGAGGAAACAUUGUAAUUUUAACGUACUUUGUAAACGUUUCUAAUUUUGGAAUUGUAAUAGAUUAUGUACAGAUAUGCAAUUUCCAAUCAUGUGAGCUAUUUGGCACCUUGAAAAGACAACACAAGAACCCUUUUAGGAAUACUACUGGGAUUACACUUUAAUCUAGAUGAUUUUCAAUUCCUAGGCUUUAAUGUAUCAAUCAUUUGUAAUGUGUUGUAUUUUUAUGACAAUGUUAAAUUGUAUGACUUUAAUAAAGAUAGAAAUGAAAAACUUUCUAAUAAAAUGGUUCUUAAAUUUGAAAA